ACGAGGGAUACUGAAGCCAUGAGGCCUCAACACCUGACAAGGAAACCCGCCACUCCGACCGCCGCCGCCGCCGCUUCCUCUUCCCUACAGUGGAUUUCUCCUCUCCAGUAUCUCAAAUCCCCUACUUCUAACCCUUCUCCUACCACCACUCCUCUUCCGCCCCCGCCGCCCCCCGAGUCCAGCAGGCGUCGCUCCCGAUAUAUCUCCCACGCCGACGCUGUCCGCCUCAUCAACCGCCAGACCGAUCCACAGCGCGCCCUCGACCUUUUCAACUCCGCCGCCUCCCAGCCUGGCUUCGCGCACAACCACACUACCUACUCUGCCCUCCUCCUCAAGCUCGCCCGCCACCGCCGCUUUGCUGCCAUAGACGCCCUCUUCCACCGCAUGUCCCUCGAGCCCUGCCGCUUCCACGAGCCCAUCUUCCUACGCCUCAUCCCCCUCCUCUGCCGCGCUUCCCUCCCCGACAAGGCCCUCCACAUCUUCCGCUUCACCAUCCCCUUACUCGUCCGCUGCAAACCCUCGCUCAAGGCACUCGCCACCUGCCUCGACAGUCUCGUUGAAUCCCAACGCUUCGAACUUGCCCAGGAGCUUCUUUCCGACGCCAGGUCCCGUUUCUCCAUCGUGCCCAACACCUGUGUCUGCAACAUCCUCGUCAAGCACCAUUGCCGGAGGGGGGACACCACUGCCGCCUUCCGUAUCCUUGAUGAGAUGAGGGCGUCAGAAUCGGCAAAGCCCAAUCUUAUCACCUAUUCCACGCUGAUGGGCGGGCUGUGCAGAGAGGGCAAGUUGAAAGAUGCCUUCGAGCUGUUUGAGGAAAUGAUUGACAGAGACAAAAUUGUUCCUGAUCCAUUGACAUAUAAUGUGCUCAUUGAUGGCUUCUGCAGAAGUGGGCAGGUCGAUAGGGCGAGAAAACUCUUUGCGUUUAUGAGGAACAAUGAUUGCGAACCGAAUAUGUACAAUUACGCAACUCUAAUGAAUGGCUACUGCAGGGGAGGCAGAGUGGAGGAAGCAAAAGAGUUGUUUGUAGAAAUGGGGAACAUUGGAUUGGAGAUUGAUGCUGUCACAUACACAACUUUGAUCGGUUGUAUUUGCAGAGAGGGGAGAGUUGAUGAAGGGAUUGAAUUGGUGAAAGAGAUGAGAAAGAAAGGGUGCAAAGCUGAUGUGGUUACUUACAACGUGGUGCUCAGAGAACUGUGCAAGGUGGAGAAGUUUCAGGAGGCAAUGGGUUUGCUUGAGUGCUUACCGUAUGAGGGUUUGAGGCUCAAUGUUGCGAGCUAUAGGAUUGUUUUGAAUAGCCUGUUCGCUCAAGGGGAGAUAGAGAAAGCAGUUGGGCUUCUUGGUUUGAUGCUCGGAAGGGGAUUCAUGCCACAUUUUGUGACAUCCAACAAAUUAUUACUUCAAUUAUGUGAGAUUGGAAGAGUAGCUGAUGCAACUAUAGCAUUAUAUGGAUUGGCAGAAAUGGGUUUUAUGCCUGAGGUUGCUACAUGGGCUAAAUUUGUCGAAUGUGUGUGCGGGGAGAGGAAAUUUAAGAAGGUUAUAGAAUUGCUUGAUAGCAUAAUUACAGAACAGUGAGUUCUGUGUGAAGAUGCAGUUUACUUUGCCAUCCUGUGAUCCAGAUAGGAUAAUGUGUACAGCAAAAUCAGAGUUUUUUUAGUUGUCAUUCAUUGUGGUGCUCCGGGGAACAAUAAAACUUUGAUCAUAUUGACUUGAGUUGAUUAUUGUCCAGAGGAUGAUGAGAAAUUCUUCUUAGCAGUCUUUGUUUGUUGACCAUUCCUUGGGCAAGUACACCGCAUACUUUACUGAAAUAUAAUAACAAGAUGAUAGGAGUGACUCGUUCAUACAGAAGAUCUUUUUUCACAACUCUGGCUAGUAGAUAAGAAUUCUCUUACAAGUGAUUUGAUUCCGGCCAAGCCACUUGAUGGCAUAAUCAUUCUCUUGUGUGGAAUAUUUGAUGAACUUGAUUAGCUUGUGACGAUUUACCUCUUUGUGUGAGUGGAAGAAGAAUUUGAGAUUGUGUACCUUAUGAGUUUUCAUUGUAAGUGGUGAAUGCAUUAUUCAAUUUCAACACCUGCACCACUACUUCACAAGCUAAGCUACAGCCUGCAUAGUAGCACCACUGUUAUGAGAUAUGAUGAAAAUAUGGAUCUAUUAGUCUUAUAUUGUGGCCUUGCCCCCUUGAACUUAAUAAAGGAUAAGACAAGACAGCAUUGUGAUGGAAUAUUUCCAUCAGAUUUGUGGAUCAGGAUGAGACUUUUUUUGUUCUUGAGGGGAUAGGACAAGUGAAGUAGGUGAAUGAGUUGAUAGUUAGCCUCAAUUUAUUUGUUGUUGAUGUGACCUGUGGAGCUAUUCGUACAACAUUUUUAUUACCAUAGAAGAAUGUGUGAAGUCGGUGGAUGAGUUGAUAGUCAACCUGGAUGUUUGGUUCUUGAUGCAUAACCUUGCGGGCUAUUUGCACAACAUUUCUGUUACCAUAGAACAAUGGCGUGGAACAAGUAUCAGUAGAGGAAAUUUCUAUUGUUGCGUCAUACAGUUGUGAAACUCAGGAUCCGGAUGACUCCUCUGGGGCCUUGCAGAGUGGACAAGCUAUUGAAAUAAAUUUCUGACAGCUUUUCGGUGCAUAUGGUUUGUUUGUGAGCAGGACCAUAGAGACAUGGAGUUAAUUUAGGUGAUGAGCAGCUCUAAAGCAUUGGCAUGUAGCCAAAAGAAGCCUCACUUUCUCAGACGACAGAGUUUUCACAUGCAUGCAAGGAGGAGAGCUUUCUUAUGAAGGAUAAGACUUCUUAAAGUAGUGCUUGAGCUUUAGCAUUUCCUGGAAGGUGAAUAAGCUAAAGAAUUCAAGUCCUGACGAAGUUGGAGGCAUUGGAAUUAGACUGCGAUUGAAGAUGCGGAUCAAAAAGACCGACUUUGCUUUUUUAUUUGGGAGUCGCAAGAUUCUUUUACCGAGUAUUUGAAGAAACAAACAAUUGUUGUAUUUAUUUAUGUAUGUGACGAUAACUUCAUCCUAUACUUAUAUAUGUUCAUAUAUUGGUUUGACCUUCAUGAGACAUAUGCCUUUGAAGAUUAAAUGGGCAAUUAGCAUAAAAAA